UCCACAAGGGCGUCAACCAAAGGGGCGGGCCCGAACGCUUUGACUGACACAGAGCAGUAGAGAGGAUAAGUGUCUUGUUCUGUCUACUUGGGAUAUUCAUGGGGCUUUAAAUUUCUCACCGGGACACAGGUCCACCCAGGGGCUUCAGUAAGGUUUUUCUGUCUCCAUGAGCUCCAGAUGAGAAGAGGUUCUGUGAACUGCACUGAAAUUACUUUUACAGCCAUGCAGCAGGUGCUGGACAACCUCAAGGAGCUGCCGCCUUCAGCAGGAGCCAAAGACAUCGACCUCAUCUUCCUCCGUGGCGUUAUGGAGAGUCCCAUAGUUCAGUCCCUCGCUAAGGCUCAUGAGCGACUGGAGGAUGUUAAGCUGGAGGCGGUGCAGAGUAAUAACGUGGAGCUAGUGAGUGAGAUCCUGUCUGAUAUGAGCAGUCUGACCACUCAUGAUGAAAGAGCAGCAGAACUCUGUAAGAUCCUGAAGGAACCCCACUUCCAGUCCCUGUUAGAAGCUCACGACAAGGUGGCCUCGAAGUCAUAUGAAGCUCCUCCCACCAGCACCAACUCCACCAGCAUGAGCAGCUCGUCCCUCAUGCCGGCUGACACGGUUCGCAUGAUCAGCAUCCAGAAGAAGGACGGAGAGCCUCUGGGUGUAACGUUCCGGGUGGAGGACGGUGACCUUGUCAUCGCGCGUGUCAUGCACGGCAGUAUGAUUGACAGACAGGGGAUGCUGCACGCAGGUGAUGUCAUCCGAGAGGUGAACGGCCGAGAGGUGGGCAAAGACCCCUUGGCUUUACAGGACAUGCUAAAGGACUGCAACGGAAGCAUCACACUCAAAAUCCUGCCCAGCUACAGGGAUACGCCUCCACCCGCACAGGUGUAUCUGAAACCACAUUUCACCUACACUGCUGACACAGAUAAUCUGAUCCCUUGUAAAGAGGCGGGUUUGUCUUUCUCUAAAGGAGACAUUCUGCACAUAGUGAACAAGGAGGACCCCAACUGGUGGCAAGCAUGUGAUGUUAACGGAGGCCGCACUGGCUUGAUCCCCAGUCAGUUUCUGGAGGAAAAGAGGAAGGCGUUUGUAAGGAGAGACCUGGAUGGAUCAGGAAUCCUCUGCGGGACAUUAACUGGAAAAAAGAAGAAAAAGAAAAUGAUGUACUUGACAGCGAAAAAUGCAGAAUUUGAUCGCCAUGAAUUACAGAUCUAUGAGGAAGUAGCAAAGAUGCCUCCAUUCCAGAGAAAAACUCUUGUGCUGAUUGGUGCACAAGGAGUGGGCCGCCGAAGCCUCAAGAACCGCCUGAUUGUGUUGAACCCGCUGCGAUAUGGAACUACUGUACCUUUCACUUCUCGGCGUCCACGCGAUGACGAAAAGGACGGCCAGUCGUACUGCUUUGCGUCCCGGGAGCAGAUGGAGACAGACAUUAAGGCAAGUCGCUACCUUGAGCAUGGAGAAUACGACGGCAAUCUGUAUGGAACCAAAAUCGACUCCAUCCAUGAAGUCAUUCACACGGGACGUACUUGCAUACUGGACGUCAACCCACAGGCUCUAAAGGUACUGAAGACAUCAGAGUUCAUGCCAUUCGUGGUUUUCAUCGCCGCCCCGGAGCUGGAGACACUACGGGCCAUGCACAAAGCUGUGGUGGAUGCUGGGAUCACAACCAAGCUCCUGACGGAAACGGACCUAAAGAAAACAGUGGACGAAAGUGCCAGGAUCAAGCGGGCAUACAAUCACUACUUUGAUCUGACUAUAGUUAAUGACAAUCUGGACAAGGCCUUUGAGAAACUGCAGGCAGCUGUGGAGCAGCUGACCACACAACCACAGUGGGUCCCUGUCAGCUGGGUUUACUGAGACGUACAGCGGUCCAGACGCCCCAUCAUCAUCCUCAUCAUCAUCAUCGGUGGCACAAUGAUAGGUCAGCGGCACAGAACACAAGUUCACACUGAAAGGACCCACCAGUCACUAUGCAAAUGUACACUAGGGAAGUGUACUUAUUUAUUUAACAUUUUUAUUUUCUACUUACUAAAACUUAAAUACUUAAUGGAAGCCCGUUUCCGCCACUAAAUAAAAAAAUAAAUAAAACAAGGUAAUUGUGACUUUUUACUCUCAAAAUUCUGACUUCUUUUUUUUUCCUCAUAAAUGUGAGAUAUGAAUUUGCAGAAGAAAACUCUGAAUUGCGACUUCAUAUCUUUAGAUAUGACUUCAUAAAUCACAACUGAAUGUUAUAAAGUCAGUAUUGCAAUAUUGUCAGUAUUGAGAAAAAGUCUGAAUUGUGAGAUGUGAGAAGUCACAAUAACCUUGAUUUAUCGUUUUAUUCAAUGGCAGAAACGGGCUUCCAUAAUAGUAGGAGGGGAAAAAAAGGAUUUAUUUUUUAAUGGCUUGUCAUUAAAAACAAUAAUUUUCCAAAUAAAUUUAAACUGCAUUCUAGUAUUUAAAGCAGGGGACUGUUCUCUUACUGUAAUUUUAGUGUUAACAAACGUAGGUUUACAGUGCAGGAUUCAUCUCGCAUCUCGUCAUCCAGAUCAGUCUCUACAGUAUGUCAAAUGAUUUAAGCAGCUUUAGUUGAUCCAGCUUCUGACUCAAUAAGAUCUUCUUAAGUGUCAUUCUGUUAUCCUAUUUGAUUUCAUUUUAUUUAAAUUGAAGGAAUGCUAGAAGUAAACCAAAUUUGACUUUCACAUAUAUCACAGUAGCACUUUAUUUUAUAGUCCUGUUUUGUACGUACUAUAAUAAUUGAUACUAAUCCUGAACCUAACCUAAAAGCCCAGAGCAUACUUCAGUUUUGAUGCAAAGGCUUAAAGGGGUAGUUCACCAAAAAAAUGGUCAUUUACUCACCCUCAUGUUGUUCCGAACCUGUAUGAGUUUCUGGUAACACUUUAGAAUAAGGUUCCAUUAGUUAAUGUUAGUUAAU